CACAUCCACACUGGGGAACGGCCCUACAUGUGUGGGGAAUGUGGGAAGAGCUUUACUCACAGCUCCAACCUCCACAUCCACCAGCACAUCCACACUGGGGAAUGGCCCUACACGUGCUUGGAAUGUGGGAAGAGGUUUCAGACCAACUCAAGUCUCCUCAGGCAUGAGCGGAUGCACACAGAUGAGAGGCCCUUCCGCUGCACCGACUGCGGGAAGGGUUUCAAGCAGAACUCCACCCUCGUCACCCACUGGCGCAUCCACACCGGGGAGAGGCCCUACAAGUGUGGGGAGUGUGGGAAGAGCUUCACCCAGAGCUCUAAGUUGACCAGACACCAACGGACCCACCAGUAAGCGAAGCCCUUUGAGUGCCCCAACUGCAGGAAGAGCUUCAGGCACUGCUUCCACCCUGAAUGAACCCCCUGAUGCUGAGGCAACCCCUGAAGUCCAGUGACUGUCAGUCCAUCCCUUUCGACCAGAAAGGGCCGGUCCCC